GCUUUCCCCUCACAUCAGGGGAUCCCCGAGUCCCGACCCAGUCCCUGCUUCCUGAUCCCUUUCCCCCUCUCCCCAACAACAACAACAAGGAAGGAAGGAAGGAGCUCAGGACAAGUUUGGAGCGAGGUGACUCGACUUCUCCCCUCUUUUUUGGGUCUGGACGCUGCAAGGCGAGGGGGCUCUUCAAAGGGAGGGAAGCUCCACAGUUGGGGGGCUGAGGAGGCCAAAGGAAAAGGCGAGAGGGGCGGAGAAGGACAGGGAAGAAGAUGGGCUGAAUGAUGGAUGGAUGGACGGAUGGUAUCGGGAGGGAGGGAAGGAAGGAAGGAGGAAAGGAAACGAAGCAGCCUGGCGCCGGUAGAGGGAUCCCCAAGACCUCGAGACGAGUCUUCCCUCGCCCCGACGGUGGCAGCAGCAGCAGGGCACCAAAAAGAUAAAGAAAAGGUUCAAGGAGUGGCUUCCGGAGUAGUUUGCCAACUCCGAGUCUGUUUUGCGCCCUGCUUUAUUCGGGGUUUGGAGGAAAGCGGUUCCUCGAUGGCAGGAAACUCCGAUUUGGCACAGAAACUGGUUUUUUGUGUGUGUCAGGAGCGACUUGAGAAACUGCAAGUAGCUUCUGGAGUGAGAGAAUUGGCCGUCCGCAGGGACGUUGCCCAGGGAAUGUUUUUGAUGUUUUAUCAUCCUUGUGGGAGGCUUCUCUCAUGUCCGAGCAUGGGAAGCUGGAGCUGACAGAGGGAGCUCAUCCGCGCUCUCCCCUGAUUCCAACCUACGACCUGACCUGUCGGUCUUUAACCCACUGCACCAUGGGGGUAAUGGGUACCUUUGCCGCACAGCGCUGCAGAUGCUCUUUCGCUCUUUCGGGUCCCCUCCCUGACUAUUUUCUAUCCAGGAUGCCCUAAUAGUAGAGGACUCACCUUUUUUUGGGUGGUGUCAGGAGCGACUUGAGAAACUGCAAGUCACUUCUGAAGUGAGAGAAUUGGCCGUCUGCAAGGACGUUGCCCAGGGGACGCCCGGAUGUUUUGAUGUUUUAUCAUCCUUGUGGAAGGUUUCUCUCAUGUCCUCGGGUGAGAAGCUGGAGCUGACAGAGGGAGCUCAUCCGCACUCUCCCCGGAUUCCAACCUGCGACUUGUCGGUCUUCAGUCCUGCCAGCACGGGGGUUUAACCCAUUGCGCCACUGGGGGCUCACCUAAGAUACUGGAUGACUCGUGUAGGCGGGCAGAGGCGUUGAGUAUGAACAGAAGGAUGCCAUGGAUCCCCAACGGGAAAUGAAGGCUGGUCUGGAAAGAAGCCAAAUUCACAACCCCUAGCGACCCCGUUUCGCGCUUAACAACCCCCCAAUCCUAAGUAGAUUGCGGUCAGGAUCAUUUUAAACCGGUUUUUCUGUCUCCUUCACAUUCUGGUGUUGUGGUCCUUUGUUUGCAUCCCCAGCAGAGGAUUUAAAAAGCCCAGCACGGGCUAGCAUUGAGAUUUACAACUCUUUCGGAAGGGAGAGAAUGUCAGAGGCGGGGAAAUUUGGGAGCUUGCAGGUGGAAAGUACCCCUUAAUGGCAUGAAACAGAAAAGUGGGGUCCUCCUGUGCUCUCCUCCUCCACUCUUCCCCUUCCUACAAUCUUUUUUUUGGGGGGGGGGGGGUGGAUGGGUGGCAAGUGGCAGAGCCAUUCCUUGAAACUUGUCUUGCCCAUCGCUUUGGCUGCGUCUUCGUGGCUUGUUUUGCUUCGCCCCUUGACGGUAAACAAACAAGUAGAGCUUGGUCGGGUUGCUAGGAACUUAAAAGUGUUUGUUGCCUUCAUCUUGGGAAACUGUUGCAAGGAAAAGUACUUCUGAGACCGGUUAGAGUGAGAACCCUAGAGCUGGAAGAGACUUCCAAAGGCCAUCCAGUCCAACCCCAUUUCUGUCAGGUGGAGGAAAUACACUCAGGCGUGGACGUUUAUCUCAGAGAGGUCCACGGGGAAAGGUCCACUGCCCUAUAUCCCAGGAUUUGAUCCCAGAUUAUCUGCUUAUCCCAGAUUAUCUGGCAGUGUAGAUUCAUAUAAAUGUUUUUCAUGUCAGGAGUGGCUUGAGAAACUGCAAGUGGCUUCUGGGGUGAGAGAAUUGGCCGUCUAUGUUACCAUACUUGUGGGAGGCUUCUCUCAUGUCCCCGCAUGGGAAGCUAGAACUGACAGAGGGAGCUCAACCCGCUCUCCUCGGAUUCCAACGGCUGACUUGUCCUCAGCAAUCCUCCCUCACAAGUCUAGUCGUGUUGGACUCUUUGAGUUGGUGCUCAACUCCAUUUCUAAGCCGAAGGAUUCAUAGACACCUCCAAAGUCAUGUGGCUGGCAUGACUGCUACUCGCAUUUGCAUGUUUUCGAAUGGCUAGGUUGGUAGAAGCUGGGGCUAACAGCGGGAGCUCACCCACUCCCCGAUGGGAACCUCCGACCUUUCGGUCAGCAAGUUCAGCAGCUUUAACCCACUGUGCGGGGCGGGGGAGGGGGCUUCUGUAGACUUUAUAAUCCGGUUCAAAUAAGAGAAAUCUGGGACCAGAUACUGGGAUGUAGGGCAAUGCAGGUUCAACCAGAAGGAAAGGGAGGGCAGGGAAAGCCUCAGGCUGACGAGGUGGCGCUCUUGGGGGGAGCACAUCUACACCGACCAUGGAAAACCGUUUCAGACCUUGACUGGAGAAAGGACUUUAGUUGCACAGAUGGUUAUGUACUCAGACCCUUUCCACACAGCUGAAUAAAAUUCCACAUUAUCUGCUUUGAACCGGCAGUGUGGACUCAGAUAACCCAAUUCAAAGCAGGGGCUUUCUGCCUUGAUAUUCUGGGUUAUAUGGCUGUGCAGAAGGGUCCUUAGAGGCCUGGAUGGUGAGGUCAAAACCGCAGAGGGUUGGUGCACCUGCGUGAACGUGGUUUUUUUUUGUGCCUUUGGUGAGAGUUCGACUUCGGAACUGCGUUAAAUGGCUAAUGUAGAUGGGAUCGGUGGGGGAGAGGCUGGGGCCCCUUCCACACAGCGCUAUAUCCCAGAAUAUCAAGGCAGAAAAAUCCCACAAUAUUUGCUUUGAACUGGGUUAUCUGAGUCCAAAUUCAGAUAAUGUGGGAUUUUCUGCCUUGAUAUUCUGAGAUAUAGGGCUGUGUGGAAGGGCCCACAGAUAACCCAGCUCUAAGCAGAUAUUGUGGGGGGUUUUGCCUUGAUAUUCUGGGAUAUAGGGCUGUGUGGAAGGUCCUACAGACAACCCAGUUCGAAGCAGAUAUUGUGGGGUUUUCUGCCUUGAUAUUCUGGGAUAAAGGGCUGUGUGGACGGGCCCUUAGAGGCCUGGCUGGUGAGGCCACAACCGCAGAGGGCUGGUGCACGCGCGCGAAGGGCGCUUUUUCUUCUUCUUUGUUUUGCGCCUUUGGUGGGAGUUCGGGAGUCGAAACUGCGUUAAACGGGAAAUGUAGAUAGGGCGGGUGGGGGAGAGGCUGUGCUUGCGAGCUCUGCAGAGGCGGCAGGGAGGAAAAGGGGAGCAGGGCGCCUAUGGCGGCGGCAGAGGAGUUGCCGAGCCAGUCGGACGGGUUGAGGAGCUGGGAGCUUGAGCUUGUCCGGGCCGGCAGAGCAGCAGUCGCCACCCCUUCCUUUCCCUUCCUUCCUUCCUGCCUUCCUUUCCCUUCCUACCUCUCUCCCCCCGAACCCAAAACCGGGGAGAGGCAGCUCGGCGGGGCCGCGACGGGGAUCCAGCCGGGAGAGAGAGGGGGCCCUUGCGCCAUGGAGGCCGCCACGGAGGCCCCCGCCACGGAGCAGACGGGCCCCGAGAAAGAGCCGGGGAGGAGCGUGGGCCCCGACGAAGAGGAGGAGGAGGAGGAGGUGGGGGAGGAGGAGGAGGCCCCGGAGGGCAGCUUCUCCGCCUUCGCCCCGCCGCCCCAGAUGUUAGUUCACAGUUUCUCGGCGAUGGACCGCCACGACGGGGCCAGCAACGGGACGGGCCGCUUGCCGCAGCUGGGCUCGGUGGGCCAGUCGCCCUACAGCAGCGCCCCUCCGCUCUCGCACACCCCCAACGCCGACUUCCAGCCCCCCUACUUCCCCCCGCCCUACCAGCCCAUCUACCCGCAGUCCCAGGACCCCUACGCCCACGUCAGCGACCCCUACAGCCUGAACCCGCUGCACGCCCAGCCCCAGCCCCAGCACCCGGGCUGGCCCGGGCAGAGGCAGAACCAGGAGGCCGGCCUCCUCCACUCCCACCGCGGCCUGCCCCACCAGCUCUCCGGCCUGGACCCUCGCAGGGACUACCGGCGGCACGAGGACCUUCUCCACGGGCCCCACGGGCUGGGCGCCGGACUGGGAGACCUGCCCAUCCACGCCAUCCCCCACUCGCUGGAAGACGUCUCGCACGUAGAGGACCCCGGUCUUAACAUCCCAGAUCAAACUGUAAUUAAGAAAGGCCCCGUGUCCCUCUCCAAAUCCAACGCUGUUUCCUCCAUCCCCAUGAACAAAGACACGCUCUUUGGCGGCGUGGUGAACCCCAACGAGGUCUUCUGCUCGGUGCCCGGCCGCCUCUCGCUCCUCAGCUCCACCUCCAAGUACAAGGUCACCGUGGCCGAGGUGCAGCGCCGCCUCUCCCCGCCGGAGUGCCUCAACGCGUCGCUACUGGGCGGAGUGCUUCGAAGAGCAAAAUCAAAAAAUGGAGGAAGAUCUUUGAGAGAAAAACUGGACAAAAUAGGAUUAAAUUUGCCAGCCGGGAGACGUAAAGCUGCUAAUGUUACCCUGCUGACAUCACUAGUAGAGGGAGAAGCAGUCCAUCUAGCGAGAGAUUUUGGUUACGUGUGUGAAACGGAAUUCCCUGCCAAAGCAGUAGCUGAAUUUCUCAACCGACAACAUUCCGAUCCAAACGAGCAAGUCACAAGAAAAAACAUGCUUCUAGCUACAAAACAGAUCUGCAAGGAGUUCACGGACCUGCUGGCCCAGGACCGGUCUCCCUUGGGGAACUCGCGGCCCAGCCCCAUCUUGGAGCCGGGCAUCCAGAGCUGCCUGACCCACUUCAACCUCAUCUCGCACGGCUUCGGGAGCCCCGCGGUCUGCGCCGCCGUCACCGCCCUCCAGAACUAUCUCACCGAGGCGCUCAAGGCCAUGGACAAAAUGUACCUCAGCAACAACCCCAACAGCCACACAGACAACAGCACCAAAAGCGGCGACAAAGAGGAGAAGCACCGGAAAUGAGGACCCCCCCCCCACCACCCUCCUUCUCCAGCUUUCCUGCCCAGCCAGCCAGCCUGCCUGCCCCUCUCCCUCGCCUUCCUCUAGGCUCUUCCUCCUCCUCCUCCUCCAUCGCCACAGAAGCCCAGAGAUUUUCGGCGUCGCCUGUUCACACAGUUUUCAGACUGGGAAGGAACCCAUGCUCUCUCCUCCAAGCAACCCCUUUCGUCCUUCCUCUUCACCACUUCCCCAGUUGCUAUCCAGUCUGGAGACUAAGGAACCUAUUCAGAGGAGAUGGAGCCAUCCAGACAAGGGGUGGUGAUGAUUUUUUUUUUGUGGGAGGGGGAUAAUAUUUUUGGGGAAUCCCUUUGAGUUUGUGUGAACUUUUUAUGUUGUUUUAUUUUUUACACAAAAAAUCCGCAUUUUUUAAAAGAACAAUAUGAUCCGAACUUCUUUUUUUUGUUUCGAAUGAGAAAAAAAAUAGUGAAAGAACUCCCUCUCAACCCUAAAAACAGGAUUGAAUUAAACGCGGAGAAGACUCAAGACUCUGGAUCAGCAGCACCUCCCCUUUCACGAACUUCCGGUUAAGAUUGUAGCCAUAUUUAAAAACAAAACAAAACAGGCAAAAAGGAUGAUGAUGAUGAUGAUGGUGACAUUUUAUCAGUAUUGUGAAUAAACUUGAACACAAACUCCAA